GACAUUUUCAAAACUCAUUCGUUUUUGUCACUUCCGGUUUGGGGGAAAUUUUCCACACAUCUCUUGAAAGCACCUUCCUUAGAAGUAUUUUCUAUUGGGAAAAAUCACAGUGAAAAUUUACAAUAUUCCCUGUGGAUGUCUGAAUCCAGUGAAAUUUCUUUUAAAUUAAUUUUCUUAUGAAAUAGUCGACUCACGUAGUGCCCACUUCGUUUUCAUCCGCCAUCUUGGUAUUUCAAUCAAAAAGGUUCGACGAACGACGGCCCAUAUUCCAUUGUCUGGUGUUGAAAAACCAGAGAUAAAUUAAUAAAAUACAGUCGAAAUGGCGUUAAAAAGAAUUAACAAGGAGCUGCAAGACUUGGGCAGAGAUCCGCCUGCACAAUGCUCAGCAGGACCCGUUGGGGAUGAUCUUUUUCAUUGGCAAGCAACAAUUAUGGGACCGCCUGAUAGUCCGUAUCAAGGAGGUGUGUUUUUUCUAACAAUCCACUUUCCAACAGAUUAUCCGUUCAAACCGCCAAAAGUGGCUUUUACAACACGUAUAUAUCACCCGAAUAUAAACAGUAACGGAUCAAUUUGUCUUGAUAUACUAAGAUCUCAGUGGUCACCAGCAUUAACUAUUUCAAAAGUUUUGUUAUCUAUUUGCUCUCUGCUCUGUGAUCCAAAUCCUGAUGAUCCUCUGGUACCAGAGAUUGCCAGAAUAUACAAAACUGAUCGAGAAAAAUACAAUGAGCUGGCCAGAGAAUGGACAAGGAAGUAUGCUAUGUGAUGCGUUCCACGAGAAAAAUUGAUCCGUCAUAUAAUAAUAUUAAUGAAUCAUGGAAUAAUAUUAUUAUUAAUGAGACAACACAAAAAAGAACAACAAAAAUUGGCAUAUGAAUACGAUGAUGAUGUGAACAGCAGCAAGGAUGAUAAUAAUAUUGAUGAGGAGUCAAAGAAUUUAAUGCAAUUUUUUUCUCCGUAGAUUUAUUUUUUUUUCGUGUCCCAUUUCCAAAAAAAGAAAGAGAACUUUAAAAAAAAUCAAAUAGAGAUUGAUGAAAAUAAAUUAAUAGAAUUUUCUGAGUUGAGAAAAAAAUGCUCUAAAAAAAAAGAAUAAUAAAAUUGUCCAGCCUUUCCUCUUUUUUUUCACUUUCUCUACAUAUUUUUUUGUAAUAUUACUUUUUUUUAUAAUAUGUAGUAAACUUCUUUCCAAAAAAAAAGAAUUAAAAAAACUCAUUGAAAAAAAAAGUUUUAAGAAAAAAUAGUGAAAAAAGUCAAAACAUCCUCACUUAGUUUUAAUAGAUAAAUAAUAAUAAUAUAUUAGAUGAUGAAAAGACGAUCUUUAUUUCAUUUUCUUUUUGUUUUAGUGAGAGAGAGAGAUCUUUCAGUUGCGUAAGAAAGAUUUUUUUUAAUAGUUUAAUUUUUUUGAAGACCGGCAUUUAAGAAGAAUUAACCCUUGAAGAUUUUUGAGUGAAAUGAUGAGAAAAAAACACCACCAAUAUAUUGUAUGUAAAAAAUAAAAAAAAAAUAAUAGAAAUGGUCAAAAAUACAGAAAAAAAUGAAUUUUAGACGUGAAAAAGCUCCCCUCUGGCUAAAAAAAAAAACAAACAAAUUAACGCCUGAACGCUUGUCAUUCGUUAAUUUACCAAUUUUGAGAGUGAGAUAUGAGAAAAAAAUACUAGAAUUCUUUUUGUAUGUUAGAUACCAAUUUAUUAAGAGAAAUAAUAGUCCACGUAACAUGAACUAUUAGUUUUGUAUUGAAGAGAAAGAAAAUAGGUGAGCAAAUUAUUGCCAAAGUACCAUUUUUGUAAAAGCAUCGAAUUUUUUUUUAGUAAUUGGAUUUUUUUAAUUUUCAAUUUUUUUUGCUAAUUUUUUUUCCAAAUGUAUUCCCCGAAAGUGAAAAAAGAAAUUAUAGAUUGAUUUUAAAAGUCUUAUUUUUUUAAUUAUUGUUUUUAACGUGAAGGGAUCCCACUAAUUUUUUUUAUUUAGUUUAAUUCCAGUUUUUUCCUUCUCACCCUAUUUUUUUUACUUUCCCUUCCUGCUGCUCCUGGGCUUCGAUUCUUUUUCUUCCCAUCCCGCCUGAACUACAAAUUUCAGAAGUGGGAUUACUGUCCUACAAAUCUCAGAAGUGGGAUCAUCCGCUUCCCCUGAAGGAAAAAAUCCCAUUUUUAUCACAAAAAAUUCCUAACUAAAAAUGACUACAUAUUUCAUUUUCUUUCAAUUUAUGCUAAAAAAAAUCAUACAAUGUAAAAUAUAAAUAAAAAAAAAAUAUAAUAAUAAAAGAAUAUUAAAUAUGUAUUAGUGAUUGUGAACACGAAAAAAAUGUAAUUAGACCAUCAUUGCUCUAAAAAAAAAAGAAAUUACAUAAAGAAUCUUAUUAAUCUUUAAACAAAAAAAAUAUUUCUACUGAGAUUAAUGGAAAAAAAUCACACUUAAAAAAUUUAUCGGAAAUAUUAAAGAAAAAAAAGAGUAAUUUUAAAGUGAGUAAAAACUUUGGGUUUUUCAAUUUUGUGAAAAGAGAUUGUGAAGUGGAUUUUUUUUUGGAUGAAAAUGUAUAACUUAUUGGAGAAAAACAGUGAUUUUUUUUGUAAUAACGUUUAAUUAUUAUUUUUACAACCGCGGUACUUAUUCAAAGAGGAAACAAACUGAAGUAAAAUAAAUUUCUGAUGAAAGAAUACAAGAAGAAAAACUGAAAACUUUCGGCUUAAAUUUUAUCUGGAAUUUUUAAUAAUUAUUAUUUAUUUUUUUUUAGCAGGGAAGGCAGUAUUUGAUCUCUUGGAUAAGUUUUUCCUUUAAAGGAAUUUAGGCCACGCCCCUUUUCAGGAACUGUGGCUAGCUAAGCUUUUGAUUUUUUCCAAAAUGGACCGAUUCGAACACCUUUAACGCCAGAAAAAUUUCUGGUGAUGAAAAGGGGAUUCGAUUCCGGGACAUUUGCAUCGUAGAGUGAGCGCUUUUGGGAAGCGCCACCUAGAACCUGGUUCCUUGGGUGUGCUUCAUUUUGACGAAAAUUUCUCACAAUGUGUAGAGGCCAUAAUUUAAUUCCUAAUGGCGCUGGCACACCUUUUCAAUUGAGUGAAUUUCAUUCGAUUGAAAUUUUAGCUCUUACUCUUUCAAACUGAAAUCAGAUAUAGCUGUCUCUUUCUGUCAAAUGAAAUUUAAAAUUGAAAUUUCAAUUUUCAUUUGACAGAAAGAGACAACUAUAUCUGAUUUCAGUUUGAAAGAGUAAGAGGGAAAAUCUCAAUCGAUUGAAUUUCACUCAAAUGAAAAGGUGUGCCAGCGCCAUAAAGAUCUGAUUUCAGGAAUGGUUUUCUGAAGUCAAAUUUACUGGAAGAGGACCUUCAGAAACUGAUCUGGCCAUUCCCUUACUCUUUAUCUAAAUGAGAUACUCGUCAUCGUUUUUGAAAGCUUCACAGACGAGAUUGUAAAUCCUAAAGAAGAACUGCCGCAGAAACCGUUUCUCUCAUUCAAAUUUCCCUUAAGAACGCGUAAAUAAAAAUAGGCCACGCCCUUUAUAGCUUCAAACCGUUCUCGAUUCCCUGUCACCUUAAAAGAGUGUUCAUGUUCGAUCCUGAAAUGUUCCAAAGUGUGAUCAUGAUUCCUAAGUAAAUCCUGCCUGAAUAAGCAAUGCUCCUCAUUGAAAUUGUCCAGUAAGAAAGGGGUAAUGAGUAAUAGGCCACGCCCUUUAUAGCUUCAGGAAGUUGUUCGUACUCGAUCCUAAGUUGAUCUAAAAUGAGAUCUUGAAUCCUAAGAAAAGCUUACUUGAAUAAACAAUUUCCUUCAUUCCAAUUUUCUCUAAAAAGAGGGUAAUGAAAAAUAGGCCACGCCCUUCAUUCUUUCAAAUCGUUUUCAAUCCUCUGUCGCUACGAGAGGAUAUUAAUGCUCGAUUCAGACAUGUUCCAAAGUGAGAUCUUGCAUCCUAAAGAAACCCUUCCUGAAUAAUGUCCCUAAUACAAAUUUUCCACUAAAAAAUAGGUAAAGAGUAAUAGGCCACGCCUUUUGUGGUUUCAAUCCGUUCCCGAUCCUCUUUUGCUUCAGGAGACUGUUCAUGUUCGAUUCUGAGAUGUUCUAAAGCGAGAUCAAAAUACCUAAGGAAAACUACCUGAAUGAAUCAUUUCCCUCAUUUCAAUUUUCCAUAAAAAAGGAUAAAGAGUUAUAGGACACGCCCAUUUUAGCUUCAAACGAUUUCUGAUCCUCUGUCGCUUCAGGAGGGUGAUCAUGCUCGACUCUAAGAUGUUUCAAAGUGAGAUCAUGUAUCCCAAGGAAAACCUCCCUGAAUAAUCAAUUUUCUUCAUUUUAAUUUUCCAUAAAAAACGGGUAAAGAGUAAUAGGCACGCCGAUUUUAGUUUCAAACGAUUUCUGAUCCUCUGUCGCUUCAGGAGCGUGAUCAUGCUCGACUCUAAGAUGUUUCAAAGUGAGAUCAUGAUUCCUAAGCAAAUCCUGCCUGAAUAAACAAUUUCCCUAAUUUCAAUUUUCCAUAAAAAACGGGUAAUGAAAAACAGGCCACGCCCUUUUUAGUUUCAAGCCGAUUUUGAUCCUGUGAAACCUCAGGAGCGUGUUCAUGUUCGAUUCUAAGAUGUUCCAAAGUGAGAUCUUAAAUCUUCAGGAAACCUUGCCUGAAUAAACAAUUGUUCUUCAUUUAAAUUUCAAACGAUAGUGCGUAAAGGAAUAUAAGCCACGCCUUCUACUUUUUUGAACCACUCGUUUCUGAUUAAACAGGAAGUUUGGAACAUCGAGGAUUAUAUUUUUUACUUCUUGCUAAGCAGGAAAAACUGUACUAAUGAUUGUCUCUCAGAAGUCCUAAGUUAAGAUGCUGUAUUUAAUUCAGUUGUUUUGGCCUAGGUCUGUCUUGAGGUCGAUGCUUAAGUUUUAUCCGCAUUGAUGAGUAAGAAUUAGAAGCCUCAAACUUGUCAACUGCCGAAUCCGGCGGGCAUUUGACCGUUUGAUAUCAUUAGAUGUCACCUGUGUUUCCAUAAAUAUGGCCUACCCUUGUGUUAUGAUAGGACAACAUCAUGGCAUGAUCACUUUCCUUCUUGCACGCAUACCCGAUUAGGGUUUGAAUUCUGAGAUGCGUGAGUUUUUCACGUGAGAAACUUACGACUUUUAAAUCGUCUUUUGUAAGAGUUUCGUUAAGUUUUCAUGUUAAGUGUCAUGUGAAACACUUAAUGCACCUAAGAAUUCACAGUAUAGUUUUUACGAAAACUUCACAAAACGCUAACUAAAGGUGAUCUCAGAGCUGUGAAUUUCUCACAUGAGUAACUGACGCAUUCUCUAACUUUGUGAGAACGUGAUAAGUGCUAAAAAUGAGAAAAUACCGAAACUUGUCACUAAGUGUGAUUCAUUAUGCCCAUUUUAGUGACAUUUCUCACGAUAUUUUCGUGACACUUCUCACAGAAUGAUGGUCCAGUGACUCAAAAAUAAUUUGGAGAACAAAGUGGUCUGUCACUGGUGACCAACUCACGAAAAUUAGAGAAUUUACCUCCUGGACUUUAACGGCGAUCGCUAACAGAGAAACAGUACUAAGAGACGGACGAGAGAGAGUUAAUGACUAGACGUAGACUAGGCAAAAGGACCUGCAGGGGAAUUCUGUAGCAGUAUGACAAUGUCAUGUGAUUCAACCGACGAGAUAUUACGAUGUUUCUGUAACUUAUUUGCUACGCGAGGGCUUUCUUUCGAUCCAGGCAGUGUCAUUCAAGGCGGACCAUCUGGGAAAUAAAUCUUAAAGGAUAAUAGGCCACGCCCCUGCAUUUUCUAAAGACCGAUUGAAAGCGUAGAUAGGAGAAUUUUGCUGAUUGAAGCGACGAGUAUUAGUCCAAAUGCGUUUUCUGAUUGACUAAAUUUUUGAAUGAUUUCAACAGUUCAAGGAUCUAGUUGAUCAGAAUCAACAUAUAAAUUAGGAGGGGGAGGGGCUACUUUAAGUUGUGAAGCUGCAUUGAUAUACAGUUUUUUUUUGCAUGUUUCUGAAGGAAAUUGUUGUGGAACUAAAUAAAAUAAUUGCAAGGGCUAAGUUCCUUUGGAAAUAAACGGAAAGAUCGUACAGUAACCUCAAGGCUGCAAAUAGCUCCACCUCCUUCUACAUGGGAAUGAUACUCGGAGCUUGAAAAAUAAUUAUUAAUAGAGAAGAAACAUUAUUUAAUGGCGAAGUUAUGUACUUCUUUUUAUGCCAUUUUCUCUUAUCAUUGAGUAGAAAAGUAAUGUUACUGGAAAGAUGUAGAAUUUGUGGGCGUGGCUUAUUUGUUCGUGGGCGGGGUCUUUGAGGUCUUCAAUGCGUUGGAAUGGAAUAAGGAGGCGUCGACUUCGAGGCAGACCUAGAACAAGGUGGCUGAAUCAAAUUCAGAAUCUUGCCUUGGAGCGCCUUGGGAUCGAACCUGAACAAUCUUCCUGAUGUGGCGGAAGAUCGACAAGUGUGGGCUGCUAGUUUGGAUGUCGGCCGGUGAUUCCAAUAGGGAUAAGCGGUUGAAAAUUAUGAUGAUAAUGACCUUUAGGAAAUGAACUUCAAAUUUUCCGCAGUUUCGUCUUGAAGUUGGUCACAAAUGCUAAUGACGCAAAUGAACUUAGACUGAUCCUUAAGAAUAUUUACUCUGUAAAAUUUUGGCAGUAAAAAUAUUCUCAUGAAUCAGCCUGAGUCCAUUUGGAUCCUAAGACGGCGGUGGACCUAAGUUUGCUUUUCAAUUUAAAACACUGUAAAUGAGAACAUGCUUCAAAAAGUCCAAGGGGGCGUGGCCUAAAGUUUUCUCAAGAGGUUCAAUACAAUUUCCGCGCUAAAAAAAACCUAUAAAAUAAUCUUUUAAAAAAAUUACAGUAAAUUAGCCGGAAGAAUUUCCAUCAGUUUUGCAUCUAAUGCAAGAAAAAAAAAAACAAGUUUCGAUAAAUAAUUAAUAAAAAAAAAGAACUUGAAGAAACUGGAAAAGCGUUUUUCAUAUUCCUAUAUUUGUUGUUGGACUGCUCUAACUAAAUGUGUUGCAAUUAAAUUAGUAAUAAUAUUAUAGAAUGAAACAACUAUAAAAAAAAAGAAAAAAAGUGAACGGAUGAUAAAGGAAGGCAAAAAUAAGAAAAUAAAAAAAAGAGAAAAAUGAGAAAAAGAAUAAUUACACAACUGAAGUUCUUUUUGUAGUCGAAAUUAUUUCAAUUACAAAUAACACACAAAUUGAUUGUCUUUCAAUUUAUUCUGCAGAAGAAGAAAUAAAAAACAAACAACAUGAAAAAAAAUAAAAAAAAGAUCAGAAAAGCAGUAAUUUAAAUAAGUUUAUUUAUAUAAUAAAAACAAAAUGAGAAAUAAUACCGUACAGAUAAAAAUUAAGGUAAAAUCUACAGAAUAUGUAGCUUUGAUUUUUUUUUUAAAUUGAAUACACAUCUCUUUGUAUACAGAUAUUACAAUAUUUGCUGAGAAUUGGGCCAAUUGAGUCGUAGGAAAACCUUUUUUUUUUCUAAAGAAAAAAUAAUUAUUUAUUGUGUUAUUGAAAGAAGAAACCGAAUAAAAUUGCAUUAAACUCUC